GAAGUGUAUAGCUCUGUUGAAAGGCACAACACUCAAAAUAACAUUGGACCAAAAUACUUUUUUAUAAAAGGCCUUUUAUUUUCUGCAACGACUGGCAACCAAUAUAAAACAGUGAAGAAGAUGGUGGCCGUGACAUUCUUGUUCCUCUGCUUCUGGGCUGUAGGUGUCCACGGUGACCUCAGCCGUAUCCAGGUUACUCUGGAGCCAGACAGGCCCUCUCUGAGGGUGCAGCUCUCUCACACCGCCCACCUGCGCUGCUGCUACUCAGCCACAAGGGGAGCCGUGGAAACCACCUGGUUCAUCAGCAUCCAGACGGUCAACGGCACGUCCGCCCCGCAGGGAGUGGACCGGAGAGACUACCAUGUGACAGUGGAUGGGGGGAACCUGACUGCGGCAGGGGUCAUGUGUCACACACUCAUCCUGAGGGAAGCCCGUCUGAACGACUCAGGGUUGUACCAGUGUUUUCUCAACCACAGCGCCAUGAGGCACUCUGUGUACACCCACGGCACCUUCCUGCAGGUCUACAGGCCGAUGGUGAAGAUUCUGGACAUCAGUGAAAGCACCAGGAACUGCAUCCUGACUGCUGAGGGAAUGUUACUGAUGGUGGCAGUGCUUCUGCAUGGUACCAUGUUGCUCUGUAAGACGAAGAAACUCAAUCAACUGAAGAAGAAAAGGGUCAAAGAGAAAGAUGAGAAUAUCUAUGAGGGUCUAAAUCUGGAGGAAUGCUGCUCCACAUAUGAUCAGAUCCAGCGCUCUCUGGUGCAGGGCCCCUACCAAUACGUGGGAAACAUGAUCAUAGAGGAGGAAAUCCAACUGGAGAAACCUUGAAUGAGAGGGGGGAGGAAGAGAGGGCAGGAGAAGAGUAAUUUAAUAGAACAGAGUUGUGGUGGGGGUUUUGAAAUGAAUUUUCUUCAAAACUGCCCCCCCCCCCCCAAAAGGCAGUAACCUACAAUUCAAUUUAGCCUUUCAUUACAAAUGCCAAUACCUAAACACUUUAUAUUCAUAAAAUAGAUAUUUUUCUGCAUGUUUGUAUUUUCUAUGCUUUUGUGUAUGCAUUGGCCAAAUGUUUUUUUCCCCUCCAAUUUCCAUAAUUCAAGGCCUGAAUUGUGCUUAGUAAAUAAAAUUAUAAAACUGA